AGAGACAAAUCUUGAGCUUAACAUUAAGUUUUUUUUUUUUUUUUGACUCCAAUGUAAAGCAAGGAAGUUGAUUCAGCUAUAUACCUGGACUACCUUUAUUCCAUUUUCUAACAUGUAUUUAAACCCAAUCAAGGUUACCCUCAAAACCAAACUACCAAUAGCCCCUCCUCACCUUUCUUCCAUCAAAAUGGACCGAUAGCUGUCCACUUACACCGACAAAUCACCAUCAUCUUAACACCCACCAACCCCUUAACGAGCACCAAUCCAUUAACAGGGACUAGCUACUUCAUCAAUGAACCCAAUGCAGCAGCAACAGCCACAUCUAGUGGCUCAACAGCUACUGGAUCUCUCAAGCAAACCAUUGCAGCACUUAAUGGGUCUCAGAGACAAGCCCAUGAUGAACUCAAUGGCAAAUCCUAUGAUGAACCCAAUGGUGAAUCCAAUGGCAAACACAAUGCAUACCACCCGGUUGCCCAACCAGAUGGCGACAUCUGUACACAAUCCACUGAUGCAUCAACAAAACAGAAGUAAAAACAACUACAUUUUUAGUGCUUUGGAUGACAAUGUGAUCACGAAGCAAGUGGUUGAUACUCAUCUCCCUGAUGGCAAUGAUGUUGAUGUCAAACCACUUCUCGACAUCGUGGAAGAUAUAAUCCGAUAUGCCACCAUUAAUGUCGAUUCCACUUCAUUGAAGAAUAGAACUGAACAUUCCUCAUGGAAACUCAUUCCUUAUGAGGCUGAGCAUACAGAUGUGGGAAAGGUCGAGAGCAAACUGGGCAGCAAACCCCACGAAAUGAACACUGUUGUGAUGCUUAACUCAUUGUCACAUGUAAUCGAAAAACUUGCUUCCGAGAUGUCCUUGAGGUGCUUAAGUGUCGGGGAUGGACACACAACCGCUCUCGCCCUAUUGCACAUGGUAGGAAACUUCCACUGGGAUGCAAAACUGGUGUUGACACUUGCAGCUUUUGCUCUCAACCAUGGGGAUUUCUGCCUUCUAGGUCAAAUCCAUUCAUCAAACCAACUUGGAAGUUCCAUGGCUAUUCUAAGACAAGUUCCAAUGAUGAUGGAGAAUUCAGCCUCUUUGAAACCUCGAUUUGACAUCCUAAAUAAACUCAUUCGCUCUGUCCUUGAAUUAACUCGAUGCAUCAUGCAGUUUAACGAGCUUCCAUCUAUGUAUGUUACUCCUGAUGUGCCAACCAUGGCUAAAGCUUUGAAUAUUAUACCCACCGCUGUUUACUGGAGUUUUAGAGGGAUUGUUGCCUGUGCUACACUGAUUACAAGCAUCACUAGCAAUGGACAUGAGUAUGGGAAAUCAUCCUUGGAGUUGCAGCCAUGGGAACUCUCCACCUUAAUCCUUAGGAUUAAUCAAUUAGAUGAGUUUUUCAAGAAACAACUCGAAAAUUGCCACCGUGUUGUAGGAGAGAGGAGGGAGAUGGAUUUCAGGAACUCAUUCAAUCAGCUAUUUGAGACAGUCCAUAUCGACAACAUGAAAAUCCUCAAGAUCUUAAUUAGUCCAAGAGAUGACAAUCUGCCACUUUUCGAUGGCGCGACUAAGAAAAGGGUCAGCCUAGAAGUUCUUAGGAAAAGGAAUGUGUUGUUGCUGAUAUCAGGGCUAGACAUGUCUAGCGAUGAGCUGUCCAUUCUUGAGCAAAUUUACAGCGAGUCACGAAUUCAAGGAAAAAGAGGGGAUGCUCUGUAUGAGGUCCUAUGGAUGCCUAUUGUGGACCCCUGGAUAGAGUACACUGAAGCAAUGAACAAAAAGUUUGAAGAGAUGAAGAACAGAAUGCCAUGGUUCUCAGUGUACCACCCUUCCAUCAUUGAUAGGGCAGUCAAAAGGUCAAUUGGUGACAGGUGGCACUUUAGGAGCAAGCCUAUACUCGUAGUGUUGGACCUACACGGAAGGGAGUUGAGCCCCAAUGCAAUUCAUAUGAUGUGGAUUUGGGGAAGCAAUGCAUUCCCUUUCACAAGUGCUAGAGAGGAAGCCUUGUGGAGGGAAGAAACUUGGAGGCUUGAGUUGCUAGUCAGUGGCAUGGACCCCACCAUUCUUAACUGGAUAAGAGAUGACAAAUACAUCUUUUUGUAUGGAGGGGACGAUAUUGAGUGGAUUCGCAAAUUCACAAGCAAUGCAAGAGCCAUGGCAACAGCUGCACGCAUCCCGUUAGAAAUGGCGUAUGUUGGAAAAAGCAAGAAAAGGGAAAAUGUUCGUAGGGCGAUUGCCGCCAUCAAUGUGGAAAAACUUAGUUACACCUGGCAAGAUACCAUUCUGAUUUGGUUCUUCUGGGCACGAAUUGAGAGCAUGUUGUUCUCCAAGAUUCAACUUAAGAGGGAUGAUGAUCAAGACCUUAUAAUGCUACAGAUCAAGAAACUACUGAGCUAUGAUAAGGAUGGAUCAUGGGCUUUGCUGUGUAGAGGAUCACAGAUUCUAACUAAUGGACAUGGAUCCACCAUGUUGGAGACCCUUACUGGCUUUGAUCUAUGGAAGGAACAUGUCCCUACAAGGGGUUUUGAUUUGUCAUUUAGAGACUAUCAUGACAAGCUUUAUGUUGCAGCGGGUUACUGCUGUCAAUUCGAGUUUCCUAUUACAGCAGGUAGAAUCCCUGAAGGCAUGCGUUGCCCUGAGUGUCAUCGAUUGAUGGAGAAAUACACUGCUUUCCUUUGUUGCCACGAUCAAACUGGCCUUCUUGAACCCUAUUGAAGAACUGAUAUUCGCAUCAACUAAACUGGCACACUCUACUCGGAUGCCAGUAAGUAUUACGAAGUGAAUAAACAGCGGUAUGUGAAUGUUGUUUUUGUCUUCUACUAUGAUAAGAUUGUAAUGUGUGAAGUCAGAAUGUAUCCUGGUGGAUCUAAACUGCAUUAUGGGUUAGAACCACUAUGUAAUAAAAAUGUUUAUGAAUCUUAUUAUAAGGUCAUUGUUAUAUGUAUUUGAUAUUUU